CAGAGGCAGGCGGAUCUCUGUGAGUUCGAGGCCAGCCUGGUCUCCAAAGCGAGUUCCAGGAAAGGCACAAAGCUACACAGAGAAACCCUGUCUCGAAAAACCAAAAAAAAAAAAAAGAGUUAGGAUCCCAACAAAGCAAGAGGCAUCUACAGUAGGAGGAAAGGGCACACAAUUUUGUGUUUUAUUCUAUGAUGAAUUAUGCAAAUGUUUACUGAGCAUCUUCUCUGUCCCAAGGAUUAGUUUAGAUAUUGUGGUGCAGCAGUGCAGUAAAGAGUGCUGAAUUGCUUACAGGUUACACAAAGGAAAUGACCAAAUAUAUUCAUCUGCUACAUCUGGUGUGAGGGAAAACACCAGAGAGAACAUGGAGUAAAAGGAAAUGGAGUGAAAGGUGCUUUCGUAUGAGUUUUCUCAUAGGCAAAAAGUUUUAUAAAAAAAUUUAAGUUCCUGACCAUAUGUAGGAAGUGUAUCAUAAACUGGAACUAACAUGUAGAUUUUUUUUUCCUUUAUGAAACUUUACCAAUGGGAACCACAAUCCUGUUACCUGGGAGACAUAAAGUGAUAAAAGAAGCCCCAGAAGUAUUGACCCCCACUUUAUGCUGAAUUUUAAAUUGCAUGGCUAUGUGUUACUAACUGUAUAAGAUGACUGAUCAAUCAGUACUGUCUUCUUUCAUUUCUGUUUCCCCUAGAGUGCCCCAACACUGACUGUAGGGCUUCUAAUAGGUAGGCAGCUUGUCGAGGUUGUUUAUUCCUGUAUUUUUCAGAAUCCGACGCAUUAAAAACAAGGAUUCUUUUUGUUUAGUGAGGGACUGCAUAAUCAAAAUAACGUUGUUCGGUGAUUGAAUUUAUUUCCAAACUUCUGACAACCAAAUAGACUAUAAAAAGAAUGGAACCAUGCAGCGAUCGGCUGAGAAGCAAAAUCAACGCAUGGUGGCGCUGCUGGCUAAGGCUUAAGAAAGGACGAACGCGGAAAAGGGAAAAAAAAAAAUGCUUCUUCAGAUCUCUAGCUGAAAAGACCUUAGGCGGAGCUCAAACCGUUAAUUUUACAGAGAAUGCUGCUAAUUUACACAUCGGAACAGGCUAUAAACUGAUCGACCGCUGUCUGGGUGCCCUUGCAUCCUAGCUGGGUGUGGAAGCAAAGAUGAAGAUUGGAAGAGAGAGCAGACAAAGGCAAGUUCUGUUGAUCUUUAUCUUACUGGGAGUGGCUGGGGCGGGCUGGGAGCCCCGCCGUUACUUUGUGUUGGAGGAAACACCAAGCGGCACGGUUUUGGCUGAUCUAGUCAAGGACCUAGGGCUGGGAGUUGCGGAGCUAGCUGCUCGAGGAGCCCAGGUGGUCUCUGAGGAUAACGAAUCACACCUGCAGCUUGAUCUACAGACUGGGAAGCUAAUAUUAAAUGAAAAACUGGACCGGGAAGAGCUGUGCGGCCCCAAUGAACCCUGUGUCACUCAUUUCCAAGUGUUACUGAAAAACCCACUGGAAAUAUUUCGAGCUGAGCUACGAGUGGGAGACAUAAAUGAUCAUUCUCCCGAGUUUCCUGAAAGAGAAAUGACCGUAAAAAUCGUGGAGACUAGCUCUAUUGGGGCUGUGUUUCUUCUCAAACGCGCUCAGGAUUUGGAUGUGGGCAACAACAGCAUUCAGAACUAUAACCUUAGUACCAAUUCUCAUUUCCAUGUUUCCAUCCGAAACCGAGGUGAUGGGAGGAAAUAUCCAGAGCUGGUGCUGGACAAAGGACUUGAUCGUGAGGAGCAGGCAGAGUUCAGGUUAACUCUGACAGCGCUGGAUGGUGGUUCUCCGCCCAAGACUGGCACCUCACAAAUCCGGAUUAUUGUCUUGGAUGUCAAUGACAACGCCCCUGAGUUUGCGCAGGCGCUCUAUCAGGUGCAAAUUUUAGAGAACAGCCCGGUGGGUUCCCUAGUUGCUAAGGUCACAGCCAAGGAUUUAGACAGUGGAACAAACGGAGAAGUAUCGUACACUCUUUUUCAUAGUUCUCAGGAGAUGAGCAAAACUUUUGAGCUAAAUGCUCUGUCAGGAGAGAUUCGACUAAUUAAAACACUGGACUUUGAGACAACAUCUUCAUAUGAAAUAGACCUAGAGGCAUCCGAUGGCGGGGGGCUUUCUGGAAAAUGCUCAGUAUCUAUUCAAGUGGUGGAUGUCAAUGAUAAUUACCCAGAACUAACUAUUUCUUCGCUGACCAGCCCCGUACCAGAAAAUUCACCGGAGACAGAAGUGGCUCUAUUUCGGAUUCGGGACCGAGACUCUGGGGAAAAUGGAAAGACAGUAUGUUCCAUACAGGAUGGUGUCCCCUUUACACUAGACCCUUCCGUUGGGAACUUCUAUAGACUGAUGACAGAAGGAGGGCUGGACAGAGAGAGCAGAGCUGAGUACAACAUCACCAUCACAGUCACCGACAUGGGCACACCCAGGCUCACAACACAGCACACCAUAACAGUGCAGGUGUCCGAUGUCAAUGACAACGCCCCCGCCUUCACACAAACCUCCUACACCCUGUUUGUCCAGGAGAACAACAGCCCUGCCCUGCACAUAGGCACCAUCAGUGCCACAGAUUCAGACUCAGGCUCCAAUGCCCACAUCACCUACUCUUUGCUGCCCACCCAUGACCCGCAGCUGGCCCUCGACUCGCUUAUCUCCAUCAAUGCCGACAAUGGGCAACUGUUCGCACUCAGGGCGCUGGACUACGAGGCCCUGGAGACCUUCGAGUUCCAGGUGGGCGCCACAGACCAAGGCUCUCCUGUGCUCAGCAGCCAGGCGCUGGUGCGAGUGCUGGUGCUGGACGCCAACGACAAUGUGCCCUUCGUGCUCUACCCGCUGCAGAACGCCUCUGCGCCCUGCACAGAACUGCUGCCCAGGGCGGCAGAGCCUGGAUACCUGGUCACCAAGGUGGUGGCAGUGGACCGCGACUCUGGACAGAAGGUGGCGCGCGACCCUGCGCAUGACAAUGACGAUUUGCUCACACUGUACCUGGUCAUUGCCUUGGCUUCUGUGUCUUCCCUCUUCCUCUUGUCUGUGCUGCUGUUUGUGGGGGUAAGGCUGUGCAGGAGGGCCAGGGCGGCCUCUCUGGGUGGCUGCUCUGUGCCUGAGGGACACUAUCCUGGUCACCUGGUGGAUGUCAGUGGCGCGGGGACCCUGUCCCAGAGCUACCAGUAUGAGGUGUGUCUGACUGGAGACUCUCAGAGUAAUGAGUUCAGAUUCCUAAAGCCUGUGUUUUCCAAUAUUCUAGACCAAAACUCUGGUGGGCAAUCAGGAGAUAAUCCACCCUUCCCAAGUAUUUUAGGCAUGUGAAACUUCACGUUUCCCUGGCUGUAUAAUUCUGUCUCUUUUGAUUUUGCAUUUUCUUUUCAAAUUUUGUAGUAAGUUUAUCUGUAUUUGUUUUUCCUUUUCUCUACAAGUUUAGGUAGUGUUGUUGUUUAUAAACUUGUUUACUGUACAAGUAUUUUUCAAGUUGUAUUGUUUUGAGCAUUUUACAUCAGGACACUUCAUGUUCCUGAUUGAACUGGCAGUACUCUCUCCCAAAGAAUGUGAAUUUCUUCUAAUGAACACAAUUCUAAUUUUAAAAGUAUGUUUCCUGACACAGGAGAACAGAUUAGUUUAUAUAGUGCCUGUACAGUUUGUUGGAGGCCCUAGGUUGGAUCACCCUGUAAUCCUAGCAUUUAAACGUGGAGGCAGGCUAUCAUGAAUUCAAGGUCAUCUACUACUUAGAGAAUUCAAGCUAGGCCUGGACUAUAUGAUGAAUAGGACAUAGUAAGUCCCCCAAAAUAAAAAUGCAUUCCUGAAUUGUGACAACACAGAAAAAUAUAUGAUUUCUUAAAAUCACACUUCAUUUUAAAAUUGGAAAUCCUUAGGGGUUUUUUUUGGCAUGGCUAAGACUUCAAUAGCCUUAUUUGUGUUUUCUUUAGUAGCAGUUCAUAUUCAUUAAUGCUGUUUCUUCCAGAUUCCCUGAUUAUGUUUUCUAUUCUCUAACAGGAAGUAACAAGGUAAUUUCAAGCUUUUUUUGGAUGUUCACUGUAAAUAUGGUCUCAUGAAAAAAUAUAUCCACAUCGCCUGUUCUUUCUGGUAUAAGUUAACAUAGAAAAGAUUAAAAGCCUCUCCAUUAUCUUUAGCCAAUGGGAGUACUUAGCAUGUUGCUCCCAGACUGCCUGUGUUCAAGAACUUUCUGUAAAGCCAAUAGACUCCAGGAACAAUAAUAUAUUUCUUACUGUUAUCACUUUUUGUAGUGAGGAAAUCUUGGUGUAAACCCCAAAUUCUUGGCUCAGGAUAGCUUCUGGUGGUAUAGCAUGCUGAUAUCUGCUUGCUUUGGAUGAUGACAUUGCUCUGAUUGAUAAGGAAUUUGGAAGAAAAUGCAUUACAGAAUUAAUAUUAGUUAGCCAAACAAAUUUUAGUAAUGGAUACAUUGAUGUAGUAUUGAAUGAUUAAGAGAAAUUAUUCAGAAAAAAAAUGACUUCAAAGAUAUUCAAUCCUGAUCCCUAGAACCUAUGACUAUAACUUUACAUUGUAAAGAUAAAAUACAAAUGAAAUUGAAGUAGUUUAUAAACUAAAUGGAAAGUGGGAAGUAUAUGCUAAAUCAUUUGGAUGGGUCUAAUAGGAACAGUGAAAGGCUUUAAAAGCAAAGUUGAGUCUACCUUAAGAUGAAGAAGAACAGCCAGGCAUUGUGGCACAUUUGUUUAAUCCCAGCAUGUGAGAAGCAGAGUUUAAGGCCACCCUUGUCUUGUGAGUUCUAGGACAGCUAGAGCUAUAGAGUGAGACCCUGUCUUGAAAAAACACACACACACACACACACACACACACACACACACACACACACACACCAAAAAAAGAGAAAGAUAUGAAGAAGAAAUUUGCUAAGGACUAGUAGUGGUGGCACACACCUUUUAAUCCCAGAACUUUUGAGGUAGAGACAGGCAGAUCUCUGAGUUUGAGGCCAGCCUGCUUUACAGAGUGAGUUCCAGGACAGCCAGGACUACACAGAGAAACCUUGUCUCAAAAAAGCAUAUAGUUGAAAUUGCAGGCACAGAAUAGAACAUAUUCAAAUUGCUUUGAACAGACUUGAUAGAAAUGUGAUAGUAACAAGUCUGUUGGUGAAAAUGCAAAAGGAAGUGAGGAAUGUGGUGCUUAUAGAAAUGUUGGCAUUUAGAACUUAUAAAUCAUUUAAAGCAAACUAUGGGGAGAAUUAUGGACAUUAUAGUUAUUAUUAGAUAGAGCCCAGAUAAAGAGAACAUUGUUGAAAAUUAGAGGAAAAUUAAUAAUUUUAUUAUUUUUUAUGGUUUCUGAAGACAGGGUUUCUCUGUGUAGCUUUGGAGCCUAUCCUGGAACUCAUUCUGUAGACCAGGCUGGCCUCAAACUCACAGAGAUCUACUACCAUGCCCAGCCCCUACUUUUAUUCUUAUAUAGUGGCAGAAAACUUAGCUGAAUUGUGAAAUACAUUAGAUGAGGAAAAGAACUGAUGCAUUUGGAUGUUUGGCUAAGGAAAUUUCCUGGAAAAGUGUUGAAAGUACACCCUGAUUUCUUCUCACUCUUUAUAGUAAAAUAUGAGAUGAGUGAAUGGAGGAAAUUUUCAUCAUAAUUGCCUUGUAACAUAUGUUAAAAUCAGGAGAUUCACUGCCAGGGAUGCAUGCAUGCUAUGGAAUAAUCCUCUUGUACACUGUAAAGAUUUAUCAUUCAAAAUGGUUUAAUAAAAUGCGGAUUGGCCAGUAUCCAGGCAGGAAAUAUAGGUGGUGUGACCAAACUAAAAAUGAUGGGAAGAGGAAGGAUGUAGUAAAGAAUCAAUAGACAGAUGCUGAGGGAGCAGGAGAUGAAUGUGUCAUGCCACCAUGUGGCAAAGCAUAUAUAAAAACACAAAUUAAUUUAAGUGUAAGAGUUAGCUAGUAACAAGCCUGAGCUAUUGGCUGAGCAUUUAUAUUUCAUAUUCAGCCUCUGAGUGAGUUAUUUAAGACUGGGCAGUUGGGACAAUUUACACAUGCAUUGGAAAGAAAAACUUACAUACAACAGAGAAACCUUUCCCUAUUGCCUGGGAAAUUUCAGAGAAGUUAGUAAUACAGAAGUCUCUUUGCAGGGACAAAUAUAUUUUCUAUUAAUAUGUUUUUAAUGACUUUUCCCUAAUGUACCUAGACAGGUAUAAUGCGACUCUGAUUGCUGUGAUCACAUUUACCAUAUGGUCUGACUGACAGAACUUUCAGAAGUCGGUCUCAUCUUUUCAGUCUCCAGUAUGACUGGUAAUGGGUUAGAAAAUAAAAAGUAUUGUUUUCUCCAGACUAUUGCCAUUAACAGCCAGUCAGGAGUAGUUCCUGUCACUUGGAAGCACUGAUGACAAAUUUCAAAAUAAUAAUGUUGAUUUGAAUACAAAAUGAGAGAAAGAAGUACAUUUAAAUUUGGUGUUUCUCUUGAUUUUUCUAAAUAUUAUACUUGAGUUAAUCCUAACAGUUUUCCCAUAAGCUGAGAUGUUUUGAAGUAGGCCCAGAGAUUCAAACUUGUUAGGUCAGUUCAUUCAAGUUUCCAUAGUCUCACAAAUUGUUUGGAAUUGUCUCUUCCUCUUCUAUAUAAUGAAGGUUAAUAUGAGGUGUUUAUGGUAGUUUGAAUGAAAAUUGUCUCCCAUUGGCUCAGAUAUUUGAACACUUGGUCCCCAGUUUGUGGAGCUUGUUGGGGAAGCAGUGAGGGCCUGAUGGAAAGCAACUCACUUGGCUGGGAUUCAGGAGUUCAUAGCAUUACCCCACAUCCAGUUUCCUCUAUCCACUUGGUGUUUGUAGUUGAAGAUGUGAUCUGUCAGCUUUUUGCUAUGGAUGUCUACUUCCAUACCUCCCCAACCAUUAUGCUCUCUCUGGAAAAGUAAGCAAAAAUAAACUCUUUCUUCCUUCA